ACAAUUAUCCAUAUAAACGUCCAAAAUCAACCAAGUUGAAACUUCUGCCUAGUUGAUAUUGUUGGUGUUGAAAAGUGUUAAAAACGUUUUGCUUAAGCAAUGAAAUCUCUUAAAAGUAUAUUGGCUCUCUCAUUUUUAUAUUUUACGGCUUCGUCAUUACUUGUCUCUUCUUAUGGUUUAGACCCGAAAUUUUUCAGCAAAGAGAUAAUAAAGACAGUGGUGGUUAGUCAUAAUGGUAAAGGUCAUUUCAGAACCAUCCAAGAAGCCGUAGACUCCGUUCCUUCUGGUAACAAACAGUGGAUUAGGAUUUAUCUUAGACAUGGAACCUACAACGAAAAGGUAGUGAUUCCGAAGGAGAAACAAAAGAUAAUAAUGCAAGGAAACAACGCAACAAAAGUGGUAAUUCAAUAUAAUGAUGCAGGACAAUCCAAUUCGAGUAGUGCUUUCAUAGUACACGCCCAAUACUUCGUCGCUAUCAAAAUUACAUUCAAGAAUACGAAUGUCAAGAUAACACCAAUAAUACCGUAUCCAGCGAUAAAGGUAGCUCCAGCAAUUAAACUAACCGCGGACAAGGCGUGGUUAUAUGGCUGCAGCUUCAUAAGUGUCCAAGACACAGUCAACGAUUUUCAAGGCCGCCAUUACUUUAAAAAUUGCUACAUCGAAGGAGCCAUUGAUUUCAUAUGGGGACAAGGCCAAUCUAUAUACCAAAACUGUGUGAUAUACGUUAGAGGAAUAACAAAGGCAAUAGGGAAGCAAGAUGGAAUGUUACCAGGAUAUAUAACUGCGCAAGGGAGGGAAAGUGAGAAAGACACAAGUGGAUUCGUGUUCAGUAAUUGUACGAUUCAAGGAGAUGGUGAGGCGUAUUUAGGAAGAGCUUGGCGAGCCUACUCUAGAGUUAUCUUCUAUGGAACCAACAUGUCCAAUGUUGUCGUACCUCAAGGAUGGGAUGCUUGGCGUUUUAAACAAGAAGAGGAUAAACUUACAUAUGCGGAGGUAAACUGCACUGGGGAAGGAGCGGAUAAGAAAGGAAGAGUUGGAUGGCAGAAGAAUCUUUCUGAUAAAGAUGUUGAACCUCUUACAGAUUUCAACACUUUCAUUGAUGAAGAUGGUUGGAUGGCUAAUCUUCCUUCUUCUCUCGGCUCUUUUAUAUAGAUGAUCCACAGUUUGUAAUUUUUUUUCUUUAAUAUGUCGUAAGAAUGAAUAAUACAUAUUCAUAUUCGUAUGAAAAAAAUUAUAUGGUUCAAAGUUACUUUGUG